CAACAACCAGUUUGCAACUGUCGCAGAUGCAAUCGUACGUUCCGUAUUAGUAUCACCAUGACCGAUAGAGAAUUUUGUUUGAAAUUGAUACGAGCAGUGAAAUCGAGACCUGUUUUAUACGAUUAUAAUGAGGAAGAUUACGGGCUUAAGAAUAUAACCGAUAAAGUUUGGGAAGAAGUCGCCGAGGAAAUAGGGGGAGAAGUUGGACUCUGCAAGGACAAAUGGAGGAAUAUGAAGACCGUUUUCACGCGUCACCUGAAGAAAACCAACUUCAACUCGAACAUAAGCUAUCACUAUUACGAAGAUUUGAAGUUCCUUCUGCCCUUCAUAAAAAGACCUGUAGUCGUUCAGGACAAACCUAACAUCUGCAAUGAUAUCCAAAUCGUGUAUACCUCUUCACCUCCAAAGGAUAGCUUGAAUGAUGCGGAACCACCUAAUCAUAUAGUAUACAAAACGGAACUAAUCCAUUCAGAUACUCUCGAUAUAGAUGUGAAGCAUAACGACCUCUUCCAAACUUAUUAUCAAACUGAAGCUUUUUCAACGCAGUCUCCACGCGUUGGACAAUCAACAAAUAAGAGAAAAAGGAAUGAAAAUUUAUCUGCGGAUGAAGAGAUAUCGGAGGAGAGAAGAAAGCUGGAGGAAGAUUCGAAGAAGGCUUUCCUUCUGAGUUUGUUACCUGAUGUCAAUCUCAUGGAUCGCCAACAGACACGCCGGUUCAAAAAACGCGUCUUGGAAAUAGUAGAUGGAAUAUUCAGAAGCCAUGGACCAGGAUAGAUGAUUCUUCAUCGGGCAGUUAUUUUUCGAACAAAAACCAGAAGAACUGCUGUUAAUAUAUUGACGAAUACUAUGUAUAAUACAAAAAUAAUAGAAAAGUAAUUUUUUU